AGAGAAACUUCCGCGAUGUUCUGGGCAGCGAACGAAAACAGAACCAAAGCGUCAGAAAGGAGCGGGUGAAGGGGCGCGGUAGUUGCCAGGGCAUCUUCUUAGUAUCGGUCAGGGCUGGUGAGCCAACUAGUGACAGUGGCGAGGAAGUGGGGGCGCUGAGCAAGCGAGAGGAAGGCUGAAGGGAGCUAGGAAAGGGCGCUGAUCUCUGCAGCCUGGGAGGGCUUUUGUCCCCAGGGGGAAGGCGAGAAGAGAUGGGGUCCCGAGGGCAGGACUCACACAGCAAGAAAACGAGGCGCAUGCCUCUCAUUUCGAGCCCGCAGAGAGCGGGGAGCGGAGCCACUGGAGGACCGGCUGCUCGGGUUUAUUCGGUAGCCGAGGUGGUUAAACAGUUCAGGGCUGGACCAGCCAGGACUGGAGCAGGGUGCAGCCUCCAGGGUUGCUGGGCAGCACCGAGACCCUUUGAGCACCAAACGGAUAAACUACGGGAGUUUUCCGCACUUGCACGUUGUACCCGCGAGUUGCAGGCACAGGUUCCUGAUGCUAGCGCUCAUUCCUUGGUAAUCACCCUCGGUGAACUACGCAGUUGCCGUGACCUUCAGGAUGAGUGCUUGGAUUCCAGGUUUGCUGAGGGCCCCAGAAGGCUCCUUCCACCGUAUCAUAGUCUAAUAAAUAAUUUUGUCAAGCCAGAGAAGCUAACAAAGGUGGAGACAAUCCUUAAAGAAAAGAUAGUGGCGGAAAUGACGGUUCUGAACAAGCAUAUAAAACAAGCUCAAAUCCAGCGGGAACAGCUACUGGAGGAAUACAGGGAGCUAUACAAAGAAAAGUUACUUGUCCAGGCUGAAAACAGGUUCUUUCUGGAAUACCUGACUAACAAAACUGAAGAGUACACAAAGCAACCUGAGAAGGUAUGGAACAGCUAUUUACAACAAAGUGGAGAGAUUGAACGAAGAAGACAAGAAUCAGCCUCCAGAUAUGCAGAACAAAUUUCAGUGCUUAAAACAGCGCUCUUGCAAAAGGAAAAUAUCCAAUCCAGUUUGAAGCGGAAGUUGCAGGCAAUGAGGGACAUUGCUAUAUUAAAGGAAAAGCAGGAGAAAGAAAUACAGACAUUACAGGAGGAGAAAAAGAAAGUCCAAGCUGAGACAGCUGCAAAGACACGUGAAGUACAGGCCCAGCUCCUACAGGAGAAAAGAUUACUGGAGAAACAACUGAGCGAGCCAGACAGGAGGCUACUGGGAAAGAGAAAAAGAAGAGAGCUUAAUAAGAAAGCCCAGGCCUUGAAGUUGGCAGCAAAGCGGUCUAUUUUUGAAUACUCCUGUGGCCUCAAGAGAGAGAACCAGCAGUUCAGGAAGGAAUUACUGCAGCUAAUUGAGCAAGCCCAGAAACUAACGGCUACUCAAAGCCACUUAGAAAACAGGAAGCAGCAGCUGCAGCAGGAACAGUGGUAUCUGGAGUCCUUAAUCCGGGGGAGGCAGAGACUGCAGGGAAGUCAUAAUCAGUGCCUAAAUAGACAGGAUGUUCCAAAGACCACACCCAGUCUUCCCCAAGGCACCAAAUCAAGGAUUAAUCCAAAGUAACUCCUCCUAAAAUAACACUGAUUAGAUAACUGGAGCAAGUACUCUUAAGUGCUACAUUAACCUGGUUAGGAAGGCUUUUGGAUUCCAGAUUGUCAUUGUAACAUCUCCAUCAUGAUAUGUUGAAGGAUUAGAUGGUUUUAUCCAACAGUCCUACUAGAUAUUUGGUAACCAGCUUCCCUUAACUAGUUUUUUCUUUAAAUACUCCCGUUAAUAAGAUAUUCCACAAACCUCUAGUUAACCUAACACAUGACCCUAACCUAGCCAUUUACCAUACAUCAUACUAGCUAAAGGAAACCAACCCAAGGAAGUGAAAACAGUUGUGAUUUAUUUCAUCUAACUAAAUUAGAUUUCUUUAUAGAGAAAAAGUACCUUUAAGGAUAGCAUUCCAAAUAGACUGAAUAGCGUUUUGCUCAGUAAAUAACCAGUAUCAGUUUAUCCUCAUUUCUUUUGACCGACUUAGCAAAAGCAGUUUUUAUAAGAUUUUUGUAAGUUUGUGCCAGUGACCAGGUAGCUCCUUCUAGUUUUCUCAUGAGCGAAAAAGCAUUCUGAUAACAGCAAGUCCAGUAAGUGCUAGGCAGAGUGACCUUUCAUCUGAUGUGAAGCCCCUACAAGUUUAGCUUUAAGUAAAUUGAGAAGGUAAGAGAAGAUGAAGGAGACAUAUAUUAGGUCAGCUCUUACAUUUGAAAAUGUUUUCUUUGAAGAAACACAUGUAGCAUGGAGGUGAUUGAAUGCCUCCGCUUAUUUCAGGAAAAUGUAUCCAAAAAAAGUUGAAAUAUUUGGACUUUUUAAAAAGUGUCAUCCAUUUCCCUAGCAGCAUUCUAAAAGAUAGAAGUAAAAUGAUGUUUAUUAUCCUAAGUGCUUUAGUUUUAGGUCAUUUAUUUUUCUUACAGGUGCACUUUCUAGUACAUGCAGUAUCUUUUGUAAUUAACGCGUGCCAUAUGUUUAUUCCCAUUUAGUAGAACUAUAAAUUAUAUUUUAAAUUAUGUAUUUUUAGGAUAGUUAUGUAUUUUGGGGGGAGUUCUGCGACAUUGAAGUUGGACUGGUUAUUUGAGUGCUGAAUCCCAGUAUAGGAAUAUAAUCUCACAUUUUAAUAUGGGUCCUCUAUGGGAAAAUAGGAUCAACUUUGUUUCCCAGAAAUUGUUAGUGAUGAAAAACUUCAGAAUAAUUUUCCUGAAUUUUCAGCUUUAUUUACAUGUAAAGUGAAUUCCCUUAAAAUUGGAUUUAAAAAGGAUUCUCCUUCAAUAUGUCCUUACCUUCUAGCUUUAACAACUUUUCUGUUAAAUACGUAGUUUAUUAAACAAUGUUAUUAAAUAAAAACAUUUAUCCACUGAUUUUAUUACUGUUCCAAUGUAACACAUUUUCUGCUUCAUCACUCUAUACCGCUCUUAAAUGUCUUACACGUGCAAAUAAUAAAAACUAGUUUUAAUGCAGAAA